AUGUUCUCUCAGCCUCCAGUUGGAAUGUUCUCUCGGCCUCCAGUUGGAAUGUUCUCUCGGCCGCCAGUUGGAAUGUUCUCUCGGCCUCCAGUUGGAAUGUUCUCUCGGCCUCCAGUUGGAAUGUUCUCUCGGCCGCCAGUUGGAAUGUUCUCUCGGCCGCCAGUUGGAAUGUUCUCUCGGCCUCCAGUUGGAAUGUUCUCUCGGCCUCCAGUUGGAAUGUUCUCUCGGCCGCCAGUUGGAAUGUUCUCUCGGCCGCCAGUUGGAAUGUUCUCUCGGCCGCCAGUUGGAAUGUUCUCUCGGCCUCCAGUUGGAAUGUUCUCUCGGCCGCCAGUUGGAAUGUUCUUUCGGCCGCCAGUUGGAAUGUUCUCUCGGCCGCCAGUUGGAAUGUUCUCUCGGCCGCCAGUUGGAAUGAUCUUGCUAAUGGUGGCUGACGAGGACUGUGGCGGCUGUGAACGAUCGGUUUACGUCUAA